AUGACUGCGGUAUCUAAUCCACCUGCACAAAACGUCGGAGCUAGUGAUUCUAUCGCUGCUGCCAUCAGCGCGUUGAGAGAGCAGACGAUCCAGAUUGUAUCAUCAACUACUGGCGGAAUUUCCCGGCAUCACUCGUCCGCCGAAUUACGGGAACAUCACAUCGAAACCACGCUAGGCCCGCCAGUUUACAAAAUACCCCGCCGCCUCGCACCGGAUCGGCUCAAGCAGGUGAAAGCUGAAUUUGAACUCAUGAUUGAGCAAGGCGUGGAGCGACCAUCGAAAAGCCCGUGGGCAUCACCUCUGCACGUCGUACCGAAAAGGUACGGAAAUCUGCGGCCAUGCGGCGACUAUCGUGCGUUAAACGCUCGCAUGAUACCUGAUAGGUGGUACACGCCACCACACAUAGAGGACUUCGCCCCCCAUCUACACGUAUUUAACCGCCUCAAUGAUUACGGUGUAGUCAUUAAUCCCUCGAAAUGCGGAUACAACGUGAACGCCGAAGGAAUCAAGCCGCCGACUGAACGUGUCGAAGCGAUAAUCAGAAUCCCGAAGCCCACGGACGUUAAACAAUUACGCAGGUAUGAUGUAGUGUUUGUCAGUUGA